AUGGGCCGUGUUGUAGCUGGGAUUACACGGCCCGUUGCUGGGCUUACACAGAGUGCCGCGGCAGUGCUGAGACUGCGAGGCCACCAUGCGAGAAGGGGCGCCGCUACUGCGAGAUUGAGUUAUGCUGAAGGCCCAACUGAGCCCCCUUUACUACGGCAAACUGUGCCAGACCAUUUCGCGACAGUGGUCUCGAAAUACGGAGACAGACCGGCCGUAAUAUGUCGCGCACCUACAGUGGGCGACCUGCUGCCAUCUAUACCCGCUUCCCAGGCAGGCAGCUCCUCAGGAUCGACUACCUUGACUUAUGAAGCACUUGACUCCAUGUCAAAUACUCUGGCCAAUUCUCUACGCUCACUAGGUGUCAAGAAGGGUGACCGUGUGGCUGUCAGCCUAGGCAACGUCGUUGAGAAUGCGGCUCUGACAUAUGCCAUCUUCAAACUCGGUGCGAUCCUGGUACCGCUCAACCCGACGUUCAAUCAGAAGCAACUGGUUGCCGCUCUUGCCCAUCUUGAAGUUGAGGUGCUGAUUAUUGGAGCCGUGACGGAUCUGGCUUAUAAGCCCUGUCGUGGAAGAAGCAACCUCCCUCUUCUGGAGUCAUUCUUGCCCAACCUGGAGCGAAAGAUCGAGUCUUCGGAGGUCCCAAGCCUGCGGACCGUUGUUCUUGUCGACAAUACUCCGUCUCACCCGGAAGUCAAGUUCCCCGUCGCGGAUCUACAUGCCCUUACCCCGUACUCUAUACUGCUGGACAGCUCGUCUCGAGCUGUGACACCUGACUCUCCGUUAUCAGCAGAUGAGACAAUCAACAUUCAGUUCACAUCAGGGACAACUUCACUUCCCAAAGCUGCCAUGUUGUCGCAUACCAAUAUCCUCAACAAUGGCCGAUUUAUCGCGACUCGGAUGGGCUUGAUACCUGAGGACAAGAUUGUGGUGCCGCCUCCCCUGUUUCACUGCUUCGGCUGUGUCUUGGGAUACAUGGCGACGGCUACUACCGGGGCUGCGAUUAUGUUCCCUUCGCCAGCCUUUGACCCGGCCUCUUGCCUACGCAUGGUGGCCGAGGAAGAAGCAACGGGUUUGUAUGGUGUAGCCACCAUGUUCGUAGCCGAACUGGAACUGCUCUCGAAUCCGGCGUUUGCCUCGCAGACCCCUGAAGGUGCAUUCCGCAAACUAAGGAAGGGCAUAGCAGCUGGCAGUUCAGUACCAGAAUCACUUAUGCGGAGGCUCUUCAAGACUAUCGGGCUACAGGAUCUGGUGAUCUGCUACGGACAGACAGAGACGAGCCCCGUCAGUGUGAUGACAGCCCCCGAUGAUCCGUUCGAAAAGCGAACGGGCAGUGUAGGACGGGUUAUGCCGCAUACAGCUGUCAAGGUCGUAGAUCCUCGUGAUCGAACCCGAACUCUACCAAUCGGAGAACGAGGCGAGCUGGCUUCUUCCGGAUACUUGGUUAUGAAAGGCUAUUACAACGACGCCGCUCGGACAGCUGAGGAUAGGAUUGAAGAUGCCGAUGGCCGUGUGUGGAUGUACUCGGGCGACGAGGCGAGGAUGGACGAGGAUGGGUAUAUCGAGAUCACCGGCCGCAUCAAGGAUCUGAUUAUCAGGGGUGGUGAGAACAUCCACCCACUCGAAGUUGAGAACUGUAUCUUCCAGUGCCCUGGGGUGCAAGAAGUAAGCGUCGUCGGGGUGCCUGAUGACAAGCACGGAGAAGCCGUUGCGGCUUUCGUGGUGCCGGCCAAAGGAUGGGACACCAUCAGCGAGGAUGCUGGUAAGGGCACAGAUGGCUCACCACCAAAAGUGCUGCGUAAAGAGGACAUAAGGACUUGGGUCAAGGAGAAGCUGAGCGGUCAUCUCACGCCGAAGUACGUCUGGUGGAUUAACGAGUAUCCAAAGACUGCCAGUGGCAAGAUACAGAAAUACAGACUUCGGGACAAGGCGGUGGAGCUGCUGAAAGAGGCAUUUUAA